GAAGUUCAGUCAUUCGCUCAACAAACGCAGUCUCUGUGAGGAUGCGGCCAGAACGCCAAAGGGACGCUGUGAUCUGGCUCUGCCUUCUCGGUGCUGAAGCCCGGGAGGUGUGUGUUGGGCGAGGGGGCGGAUGUGACACGAAACGACACAUUACAGAUAUAACCACAGCUUUCUUUUUUUUUUUUUUUUUUUUUUGGGCACACGGGCUUAGUUGCUCCGCGGCAUGUGGGAUCUUCCUGGAGCUGGGAUCGAACCCGUGACCUCUGCAUUGGCAGGCGGAUUCUUAACCACUGCGCCACCUAGGAAGCCCCGAACCACAGCUUUCUUAAGGGCCCCGAGGAGUAAAAUGAGGCUCGGGAAGGUUAGGUGAGUUACGGAGUCGAGACCCAAGCUCUGUUUGGCUCCACACGGUGCGCCCUGACCCACUGCCGGCCCAACUUCAGCCAGCUGAUGGCCCGUACCUGGGCCAGAUGCGGGAGCAGUGGCUCCAGGCUCGAGCGCCCCCCACUGACGAGGUUAGGAUUUGCGCGUCCGCUACGGUGUGGACUGGGGUCUCUGCCCCUCCCCUGGGCGGUGGUCCGGUGACGUCAUUGCCUCUUUAAGACCCCCCCCUGCCUCCGCCGCCAACCUCACACUCGGCCGGCUACUCUGAAUCUUGGUGGACUCCUUCGCAGCUCCUCAACCUCAACCUCAACCUCGCCAUGGCCUCUGCUGGUCUGCAAAUUCUGGGGAUCGUCCUGACGCUGCUUGGCUGGGUGAAUGCCCUGGUGUCCUGCGCCCUGCCCCUGUGGAAGGUGACCGCCUUCAUCGGCAACAGUAUCGUGGUGGCCCAGGUGGUGUGGGAGGGGCUGUGGAUGUCCUGUGUGGUACAGAGCACGGGCCAGAUGCAGUGCAAGGUGUACGACUCGCUGCUGGCACUGCCCCAGGACCUACAGGCUGCCCGAGCCCUCUGCGUCAUCACUCUCCUCGUGGCCCUGCUCGGCCUGCUGGUCUACCUCGCAGGGGCCAAGUGCACCACCUGUGUGGAGGACAAGGACUCCAAGGCCCGUCUGGUGCUCACUUCUGGAAUCAUCUUUGUCAUCUCAGGGGUCCUGACCCUGAUCCCUGUGUGCUGGACGGCCCACACCAUCAUCCAGGACUUCUACAACCCCCUGGUGGCUGAAGCCCAAAAGCGGGAGCUGGGAGCCUCCCUCUACCUGGGCUGGGCAGCUUCUGGCCUUUUGUUGCUGGGUGGGGGGCUACUAUGCUGCACCUGCCCCUCUGGGGGGUCCCGGGGCUCCAGCCAUUAUAUGGCCCGAUACUCAUCAGCCCCGCAUACCGCCUCUCGGGGUCCCUCUGAGUACCCCACUAAGAAUUACGUCUAAUGCGGGUAGGGGAGUGGGGGCUCCCUUGACAGUGGAGCCUGACCCUCUGAGCUGGAGCCGUGGAGAUGGUGAUCCAUGGCAGCUCGGGGGGUGUUUUUGCUUUUUAUUGGGGAUGUGGGCAGCAGUUUAUCCAUUUGAUAACCCCCCUGGGCUCUGCUACUGGCUUUCCUCACCUUUGGAUGAUGGAGCCAAAGAGGUGAUGCUUCCGUUUCUGGAUCUUUCUCCACCCUGGUCACCCCAAUCAUAGGGACCAACCUGGAGCUGUGGGCCCCUUGUGAAGGGUGCUUGCUGUCCAGGUGCUUUCAUCCUGUCCCCCUGGAGUUCCUGCUGAUGCUGGGGGCAGGGCCUCCCUAGGCCUGCAGGGACAAGCCUUCCCUUGUCGGUCAGGCCUCUGGAAUCCCCAGGGGCUCCUGAGCCUUAUGUAGCCUCUAGAAGAGCAGGUGAUACGUUACCAAAGAGCCUCCCGCCUCCGAGUCUUCUGACCUCUGGCUCCUCCAUCCUGAGUCAUGUCCCCCCUGUGCUGACCCCUGACCCUCCCAUCCCCAGCCCCUGUGCACUUCUGCCGUGUCCUGCC